AUAUCAGUCUUGGCGGGAAUCAUUGAAAUGAACACGUAAUCUGAAUUAAAUGGUCAAAACCCUAGUUAGGGGGAAUUGACAAAUUUCUCCAAGCCAUCCUCUCUAAAUUCUUAAACCCUUUUUCCGCUUCUGUCCACUCUCCCCUAAAAUUCCGAACCAGAAAAAAAAAAAAAUGGCUCCAAAGCGGCACAUCGAGAAUCCACCGCCGGUUGAGUCUUCUGAAGAAGAAGAAGAAGAAGAAGAAGGCGAAGAAGAAGAAGGGGAAGAAGAGGUAGAGGAGAUGGAGCAAUCCGAGGAAAACGACGUAGUCGAUGAAGACGACAACGAAGCCGUUGAUGGAGAAGAAGAAAAGACGCAAGCGAAAAACCCAGCCCUUCAAACCAACUCGGCGUUAGACUCAGGCUCCGAUUCCGACUCAGAAGGGAGCCUCCCUUCUCCCAACAUCUCCGACUUCACCAUCAAGCCGAUCCGCUCCAAGCCCAUGCCUGAACCCGCUAAACCCAACAAGGCAGCCUCCAAAGCCGGCUCAAAGCGCGCCGCCGAUACUCAGCCUAGCGAGACCGAACCAAAGAAGAAGGAGAAGAAAACACAGAACGGCGCCGAAGAAGAGGACGCGAAGAAAGGGUCCGGAAUUCAGCGGCUGUGGAGCGAGGACGACGAAAUCGCAAUUCUGAAGGGGAUAACCGAAUACAGAUCCAAGACCGGAACCGACCCGAACGCCGACAUGGUUGCAUUCCAUGAAUUCAUCAAGAAAUCUCUGCAUGUCGACGUUUCGAAAUCUCAGUUGCAUGAUAAAAUCAGGAGGCUGAAGAAGAAGUUCCAAGUAAACGCUGAGAAAGGGGAAAAGAACGGACAGGAACCGGAAUUCGCUAAGCCCCAUGAUUUCAAGUGCUUUCAACUUUCGAAGAAGAUUUGGGCUAGCAGCAAGGAAUCAAUCGAUACUGCCGUCAAGAACAACAGCAACAGCGUUAAUGGUAUCAACAAGAAAGCAAAGUACAGCAAUGGCGGUACUAACACCAAUAGCAAGUUGAGCGAUGAGGUUAACGUUCCGAUUACUCUGGGUUUGCCCAGUCGGGAAGCGAGUGGCAAGAGGCAGAGCCAGAUAAUGGUUAGUCGGAAAGCAACGGAGGAGGAGGAAAAAGAGGACGCCAAAAUCAAAGUCGAUGCUGAGGAACCCAAUGGCGAUUUAGAUGACUUUUGGUCACGUUAUCCCUGUUUUAGCGAGUCAUUGAAUAGUGAGCAGUUUCCAAUGCCGGAUUUCUCCGUAAAAUUUCUGAAAGAUAGGAUGAAGGAGAUCGGGAACGAGAAGGCGAAGGAGAUGGAAGACAAGUGGAGGAAGCUGAGGGAGGAAGAACUGAAGCUGUACAUCAAGAGGAUUGAUUUGGUUAAAGAGCAAGCAACCCUGGUGGUGGAUGCAAUGAAAUUAGACUCAUAGACCUCUAUUAGAAGGUAAUAUCCCAAUUUGCUCAAAUGGGUUUUUCAGAAUUCAUUUUUCAGUAUGAACAUUUGGCAGAACAGGUGAUUGCAGCUUUGCCAGUUUGUGGGCAUGGGAAGUUUUUGAUGGAGAAUUGAGCUUAUCAGCCGAUGAUAUAUAUAUUAAACAUGCACGAUUUUGAUGUUGCUUUAUUACUUAAAUUCUCUCUUUCUUUAUCGAUCUACGGGUGUGUUAUUGGUUCUUUGAAACUUCAUCUUCCUGUACGGUUUGCUCUGUUUAUCCAAUCAUCAUUAAUGGCAAAUCUCCAUACUGUGUCUGCAUGUGAGA